AUGAGCUCCACCCUGAGCGUGCAGCGGUGGUUCCGCAGCUCCGCCGACCUGGCCGCCACGGCCGGCGAGCUGAGUCGCCACGCGCGCGAGUUUGGAUUCACUUUCGUGGGCGACGACGAUGACUUUGUGAAGAAGGAGUGCGCGUCGCUGCCCCCGGUGCCGCCGCUCAUCCCCCUCGGGGAGGCGGCCGGGCGGCUGAAACAGGUCAGUAGUGAUAUCGAUUGUGAUGACAGUGGCGGAUCGAGUGUGGAGCCGGGCAGGUACGGCGGAGUGAUAAUGGUGAAUAGUGACACGCGAGGGGGCAGUGACGAUGAAGACAAACUGCUGCGCCUGUUCGGCGGCGGCGACAGCGACUCGAACAGUGUGGGGGUGGAAGUGGCGGGGGAGUGCAGUGGUGCUAGUGUGGCCGAGGGCGGGAAGAUGUGUGCGGAGGGCGAGUGCGCGGUGGUGUUGGACCCGCUGCCCUCCGAGCUAUUGCGUUCGCUCAGCAGCCAGGGUAGGGUGAGCGCAGGGCGGGCUUGCGGGCAGGCAGCGGCGGCGGACAGCGCCGCGGCCGCGACCGGCUCCGGCCCGGCCAGUGUGGAGGUGCGCGGGUUACUGCAGGAUCUCGUUAGUGAGGUCGCCACCCGCGAGGAGCGCUGCGAUCAGGACACCCGGCGAUCGCCGCGCGCCUCGCGGCAGGACGUGCAAGCUGGUGCGGCCGCCGCCACCGGCACCCCAUCCCCCGCAUCCGCCGUUACCACCACCCUCCCCGCCGACGCGCAGCCACCGCAGAUCGAUGCUGCGCAGGCGGCGGAGUCACGUGACGACGACGACGGCGCGACGGACUCUGCGGUGGUGGCAGCGGCGGCGGCGCCCCGGAAGACGCGCCACCGCAAGUCGGAGAGCCCCCGCAAGGCAGUGCGCCGGCGCAGGGAGCGGCGGUCCAGCAGCAGCGGGGGCGGCGGCGCGCCCGCUAAGAAGCACCGCAAGCGCUCCACGUCCACGUGCUCUACCACCUCGUCCACGUGCUCCAACUCGAGCGCGCGCCAGCAGCAGCACCACCACCACCGGCACCACCACAAGCACCAUAAGCACCGGAGGCGCAGCGGUGGUGGCAGCAGCAGCCCGGUGCCCGCCGAGGAGCCCAACCCGACGCCGCGCGUCAACCCCAUUUUCGUGUGGAUCAAGCAGGACAAUACGCGAAUCGUGGAGGUGCUGUGCGAGGACUACGACAAGCGGAACCGGAUUCGGUUGACGCGGACGGCGCACGGGUGGCGGGCGGUGCCGCGCACCGAGCGCCUCGCCUCCAGCACCGUCACCUCCGCCGACGUGCUGAGGCCGCAGCAGCAGACGACACCGCCCCCGCCGUUGCAGCAGCCCCUGCCCGCGGCGGCCGCCGACUCGCCCAGCGAGGCGGCCGUCGCGCCCGCUUCUAGUACCUCAGGCAGCCACGGCGAGGCGCUGGCGGACGAGCAGUGCGCCACGCCCCUGGAAGAUGGCAGCACCGUCGACCAAAACAACUCUACGUCACUAGUCCCCGCCUCCUUUCCUGAUUGCCCCACUUCGAAAGACGGAUCUGUCAUCGAAGAGGAAGAAGCCAAAGAUGAAGAAGAUGAUGUCGACGACGAUGACGACGUGGAGGAUGUACAAAUGGUCGAAGGAGUUGAGCGUGAGAGCCCAGUGAAAGAAGUAAUUGAGUUGGACGAUGAUGAGAUGGAGAGGUAUGGUGUUGAUAUUGUUGAUGGACAGGCAAGUGAACUAGUGGAAGAUAAUGCUGAUGAAAUUAGUCAUGAACCUGAAGUGAAUGAACCGGAGGAAGCAGAGGCGUUUGAAAAAGAAGUCGAAGAAGGUGGAGAGGAGGAGGAAGAAGAGGAGAGGCCUUCCGUUCCAGAAGUAUUGAUUGAUGAUGAAGCGAGCAAUGUUCAUGACAAUGUGUUAGAUGAGGAGGAGGAAGAGGAAGAAGUAGUACAAAAAGAUGAUGUGGAAAAUAUGAGUGAGAAGGAUGACAAUGAAUUAAUUGAUGAAACUGAACCACUUGAAUCUGAAAUGGCUGAACAAGAACCUCUUGAACCAGAAUCUCUUGUAGUGAAUGCAGAUGAGGAAAAAUGCCCCUCACCUGACCAUGUUGAAGAAUCUGAAGAGCCAUUGGCAACAGAUGUUGAUGUAGCGAUGGAUGACAUUUGUGAUGACGACAUUGCUCCUGAAGAGGAGGAAGAUGAUGCUCUUGCUCCUACUGAUCUGAGUUUGCCAAAGGCUCAUGGUAAUCAAGAUAUUCCUGUUAAUUGUAAGAAUAUUCCACGCAACAUUUCUACUGUGAUUCCUCCUGUAGUUCCUUCUCCACAACCUAGGUCCUGCCCUGCAUACCCACCUGUUACUCCAGCUCAUCAAACAAAACCACAACAUACAUCCAAGUUCCUUGAAUCACUCCUUUCAUCUCCAAGAAAGUGCCAUGAAUUGCCCCGCAGGUCAAGUUCAGAAGCUGAUAAAGGACCGGCCCCACUGGAUCUAGGUGUAACAUCAGCCAAUAGGGGUGCUGGUAGUCCAACUGUCAGCUGUUCCGAUGAGAGCAGGAAAGUGUCUCGACCUGCCAAAGAACCUGCGGAAGGAGAACCCAAGGCCAAAUGCCUUAAAAUUGAAGAUAUAACAUUGAAGAAUCUUCUUAGCAGGCAACCAGAUACAAAUCAAAAUGCAACGGAAUUGGAUCUUUCCCUCGCUGCUAAGAAAGAUGAUGCAGUUGAAUCUGGCAGAAAGUCUCGACUGUUGGAGCUAUUGACUUCUGAACCAUCUCCUGCAUCUGUGUCUCCUAGUCCUGUAAUGGAUCCUCUUACUCAACUAAAGAGGGUAAUGACAGAUCCUGAUAUUACUGUUCCUGACCCAUUAUUGGUGCCUCGGGAUAGACUUCAAGAACUCGUUUCAAAUCCAGCCAGGGAAAUUCCAAGGUUAUUAACAUCCAGGCCAGAAUUGAGGCUACCAGAGGCUCUCAAUUACCCAGCGUUGCUGCGAGACCCAGAUCUUCUGGUUGUGUCCCUCACUCAUUUACAGACACUUCUUCAAAAGUCUGAAAAAGUUGCAAAAGAAAGUGAUAGUAUGCAAUGCAGCAAUUUUGGCAAUUUCUUGGAAUAUCAAAUGUAUCAGAAUCAACAUCAAGCAGCUGCUGUAGCAAAAGAAUUCUUUGAUUCACAGAUUAAAUUGCAGCAGCAACAGGAACAUCAACAUCAGCAGCAACAACAACAGCAGCAGCAACAACAUCAAAAACAACAGCAACAACACAGGCAUCAGGAGCAACAGAGGCAUCAACAGCAAUUACAACAACAGCAGCAACAACAACAACAACAACAAUCUCAACAUGAACUGGAUGCUGCUGCGGCUGCAGCUUUGAACCAGAUGCUGUGGCUGCCCUACCUAACUCAAUUGGAAGCAGCUGCAGCAGCUUGCGGAAACCCUCAAGAUUUCCUUUCAAUCCUGAACACAGUUUUUCCACCCAAUUAUCCACAACCAGAACAACCUAUUCCUCCCCCUCCUCCCAAUCACAUUUAUGGUGCAUUAAAUCCGGUUUUCCAUUCCUCCGAUAUGAAGAGUCAGAUGGAGAUUCAAAAUGCUAUCAUGUUGUGGCAUUCUGCAAUGACACAAGCAGCCAGUGCAAAUGCUCUAAACAAUAACAACAAUAGCAGCACUAGUAAUAAUAACCACAGAUCUGCAAAAACUCCAGCAAAUAAUGUAAGCAAGAACAACUAUGCUACAAGUAAUGGCAGGUAUCCACAGCAAAAUUCAAGGAAAUAUAACUCGUCCUCUGCUAGAACUAGUCCCCUUACUCCUAAUAACUUCCACUCUCCCCCACCUGCUCCUUCUCCUCAGCUGCGAGGGACAAACAAUCAUGCAGCUGCCACAGCUGCAUAUCUUGCUGCUGCAAGUGGUGGGGUUGGAAAUGGUGCUACAGCAGUUGGCAGCGGAUAUCCAACCUCAUCUCAACUGCACCAACAGUACAACAUGCAGAGGAGUCGUCAGCCCAGUUCUGGUAAUACAUCCUUGAACAUCCCAAAGACAAAUCUAAGUGUCGCAAAAGCAAAUUCCUUACGUGACUUGAAAGUGAAUAACGGACAGUUGAAUGUAUCUUGUAAGACUCUUUUCAACCUACUUGAUGGUCAACAAGUUCAUCAUGACGUACCUACACAGUCACACACACAGUCCUUGUUGAGUUCUCAAAGUGCCCUGCAACGACAGCAGCAGCAACAACAGCAGCAUGCUCAUCUCUUAGCAGCCCUCGGCAAGUCUUCAGCAAAUAGCAACUCGGCGCAGAGCAGCCACGGAGUGCCCCCAUUGGUGCCUCUGCCUCCGUCUCCUCUGGACUUGUCAGGUGCCACAAAGAAAGCACCUACGCCUAAACUGAAAGUCAAGGAGCAUCUGGUGGAUCCUGCCCAUACACCAAAACUUUUGAAGGCAGACCCGUCUCCAGAAGUCACUACUCCCCACACUCCGCUCUGGCACCCACUUUUUGGGAGGUGA